GCAUUCCACCAUAUCAAAUCGUCGCAACUCGUUGAUCUCGGCUGAUCUUUCGCCACUUUUGUCUAAUUGAAAUAUUAUCCCAAAAAACAAAUAUUCAUCGUAAUUAUUUCGAUUUAAGGAUUUUAAUUAAAUCGUUAACGUGAAGAAAUAUUCGUGUUUUAUUUGUAAAAUAACGUUUUUCUGAUUUUAAUGAUGAACUUUCAAUGAAAAAGUUCACCGGUGUUAAAAAUGUUUCGGUGCAGCUGAUUCAAAGAUGGCCGGUGAUAUUGUGAUACAAACAAAUAGUAAAGCUGUAAAAUUUGCUCAUCUUCAAGAAUAAGAAAUUAUAUGAUGUAAAAAAUUUUCUUAUUUGAUCAAAAUGGCUUACGAGCAACAUAAUAUGACAGGAUACGUGUAUCCUGAACAUCAAUCGCAACCAAAUCUUCAAACAGAUGAGAAUAGAAAUGAAAAUGAUUGUGGAAAUAAGGAAAUAUGUCCCACGAUUUCACGGCAGUCAUCUGGAACACAAACUGUUCAAAAAGUCGAUGCAUCAACAAUGACAGAUCCAUUGCAAAUAGAUUUUAAAUUAACUUCUGAAUAUUUAGCUGCUCGAUGUGCUGCCAAUAACAGUUUGAUUCACAAUUGCCAGGAAAUUCGACCUAAAAUUGAAUACGAUUCUAAAUCACAUGGUAUGUUAAUUUAUCACUGCCCAGAGUGUUCCUAUAGAUUUGAGGAUCGUGAAACACUUCAUGAACAUUUGGAAGAUCAUCGACAACGAUCUCACAUUUGUGAUAUUUGCGGAGCUAGUUUAAAACGCAAGGAGCAUCUUGAUCGUCAUAAACAAGGUCACAAUAAAGAUCGACCAUAUCAAUGUAAUAUGUGCUGCAAAUCCUUCAAGCGAAAUGAACAUUUGGCACGUCAUGUUAUUAUUCACUCUGGCAGUAAAAAUCAAAUUUGCACCGAAUGUGGAAAAGCUUUCUUUCGCAAGGAUCAUUUGAAAAAACAUCUUCAGAGUCACAACAGCAAUAAAAAUAAAAAUGUGAGUAACACUCCGACUCCACCAAGUGGACAAAAUAGCCUCAACAACUUUGCUCUCAUGAUGAGACAGGCUGGACCUUCUCCUUUUUCUAUUUUACGAACAUAAAAAAACAUUAACAGCAAAAUAAUUCUCAAUUAUUACACUUUUUCACUACUCUGAAAAAAAAACAAUUUUGUAUGUUUUAAAUUUAAUUUUCAAAAAUAUUCCCUAAAAAAGAAUAGAAAAGUUCGAAAAUUGUUAAAAAAAAUUUUUAAUGAAUAGAGUAGAUACGAGUUUAUUUAAUAUUUAACAAAAGUACUUUAUUUUUGUUUCUACAUUUGUUAGAUAAUAAGUAAGUAAUUGAAGCUUGAAUCAAGUUAUCAGCAAAAAAAAAAAACUAUUAAAAAUAAUAAGAAAAGCAAUAAACGUUUAAAUAAUCAAACGAUUACUAAAAAUGCUUGAAUGAAAUGUAAUCAGAUAUAAAUUUUCAAACGUUUAAAAUAAUUUCAUUUUUUUUUUAAAGUUGGACAGUUUUUGCUUCUAUACUCGAAAAUGAGAAAUUUUAUCUGAUUUCAUAUAUUUGCCAGUAGAUAAAAAUUAUCCGAAAAUGAAAGUAAUUUAGCCAUAUUUAUUACAACUUUAUAGACUUAUUAAAUUUAAGUGAUUGUUGUGUUGCGAGUCGAUGUAAAUCGACGUUUUCUAUAAAUUUAGUAAUAAAUAAAAUAUUAACUUGAA